UACCGUGUUGGGACCGACAGGAACGCUGAACGCUCACUAAUUAGGUUUAGGAGUUUUUUUAGGCAAAAUGUUUCCGAUUCGUGCACUAAACGAGGAUCCUGAAGAUAGUUGUGGCAGUGGUGAUGAAGAACCAAAAGUUACUGGUGAAGCUGAGGAAACCAUUGUUGUUUCGGAAUACUUAAGAGCGUUAAAUUGUAUAAGCUCUAAUCAGCAAAACAGUGCUUUAUUAUUAUUCCUGGAAUUGCUGCAAACUGAGGUAUUGAAUAAGGUUUCAAACGACGCCAAGGACAACAAGCUGUUGUUAGUAAAAUAUAAUUGUUUCCGUAAUAUUGGAUUACUCUACCAAGAAAAGGGUAAGGAUAACUUGGCUCUAGAUUACUUAAUUAGAGCUGUUGAGUUAUGCAAUAAUGAUGUUCACACGAUGUACAUAUUGGCUCAGCUAGCUCUUAAGAUAGGACAAAUUUCAGUGGCUAAAGCAUACUAUGAGAAGUGCAUUGAACGUAACGCUAAUCACUGGCCAAGUUUAGAUGGUAUCCUUGUAUUGUUCCUUGUAUCAGGAAAGAUAAUCGAAGCUUGUUGUUGGGCCAUUCGCUGCUUUAAAAAAGAUAAUAAGUACAAGCGAGCAGUCAAUGUUUUACAUGAAAUAAACAACAGAUUCUCGUCGAGCAUUCCUUUUAUUGAGGAACUGUUACAAAAGAGCUCACAAGUUAGCACCUUCGCAGCAAGUAAAUGUAUGCCACCACUAGCAAGUUGUUUUCAUAACUAUCACGAUAAUAGCUGUACCGAAAGCAGAAGUUGCGCUCAGGUUGAUAUAAAUUACGAACUGCUCAAAGUUCGUCAGUUAAGCUGGAUUACUUUAGGUCAAUGGAUAAUCCAAAUGCAUCAACACUUAGAAUCCAUUGGUCAGGUCAUGUAUCAUUUCAACCUUAAUAAAUUUCUUGGAAUACAAGCCAACAUCGAUGAAUACGAUAACAAAUUAGAUGAGCCUAUUCACAUCCCAGAAGACGACCCGGUUCCAGAAGUAACAGAUAAUCGGAAUACUAAAAAUGCAGAUUUAUUAAUCGACUUGGAAACUAAAAGUCGACGGCGAGGAAGCGAACUUAAAAUUCUAGAACAGUGGGGCUGGCACAAAAGUCGCCGCUCGUCAAGAAAAAAAAGUACGUAUGAAAGCUCUGAUCCCGUUGAAUCAACAGCUGAUGAAUUCCUAAAGCGUGUACUGGGUCAAUAUUUUGUAAAAACAUAUGAAGAAAACAAAUCACCGUUUUCGGAUCAACCCUAUGGACAUAAGAAUGAAAACUUCAAACACAAAAAAUAUGCUGCUCCGAGUACAAUGCGACAUUUUAUCAAGCAUAGUACAAUAAGCUUUCAUGGCAUGAUUGCUGAAAUUGAGCAUCGCGAAAUUGAUUCGUAUCUCCUAAUAUACACUUAUUUGCUAAAUCUGUCAUUAUAUUGGAAUGAACCAAUGCCACAGGAGCUUUGCACUUUAUACAUUCAAGUUUAUGGCAUCUUCGCAACGUAUAACAAUUAUCAAUCUUGGAACCAACUAACGAAUGAUGAAAUAACAGGUUUGUUUCGAAUGGCCAUACUUUAUUUAGAAUUAUUCCACGAUAACACAGAAGGAAAAUUGCUGCGUUUUGGUGAAAGCGAAGACAACCGUUUGUUUAAAAAUAUUGCCAAUGAUCUUCAAUUAUAUGUGUCCUAUUUAACAGAGGAAAAUUUCAUAAUGUAUCAAUCAAGAUAUCUGUGGCUUAAUUAUGCAGUAUCGAUGCAUGAAAAUGAUAUUGACGCAGCACUGAGAAAACUUACGCAGGUUAAUUCACUAUUGGAAGAACAACCAAAUACAUUUGAAGUGUGUUUGCCGAAUCAACAGUACAAUAAUGUCUACAACAAACGUAUGAUACAGGAGAUGAUUGAAUCGCUUCAGCGCCAAAUAAAUCUGCGUAAUGUAAAGGAAUUAUAUGCUGCAAAAAACUACCAUACCUUGGUGAAUAUCUUGAAAGACAGUUUAACCCAUACGACGCUUGUUCAAUCUAACACCAAUCAAACAUUAAGCAUAUCGACACAAAUUGAAAUUUUGUUGGAGUGUUUUUGGCAUUUGGAGCAAUAUUUGGAUUGUAUUGUCUGGGCAGAAAAAUCUUUGAAAUACACAGUGGAUGUAUUUGUUUCACUGCAGAAUGUACCAUAUCGUCAAAAGAACUGGACCAAGGCUAUAAAUUUCAUACUACUCUACAUUCAAUCGUUAAUUGAGAAAGAAGGCGAUUACAUAAUGACUUUUGAAUUCAUCCCACGUAUGGUUCAAACGAUUCAUAAAAUUCUCAACAAUCAAUUGGAUUCACAUUAUGAUAAACAUUUAUGCAAUCAAUACAUUAUAGAUUGCUGGAGGGCUUGGGUGAUUUUAUAUUACGUCUUGGAAAGGCAGGAUGACCAAAAUAUGAUGUACCGCAAAAACCGUGGAGUAAAUCAGGAGAUGCCCUUACACGAAAUAGAAGAAGAAUCCCUAUUCAGUUCUAUUAUGUUGUUCUUUGUUGCGCACGAGCUUUUAGGACGGCGACAAUGGUGCUCAAAAGGAAACAACAGACUUUUGCUUAAAAUGCUGGAUGUAAUCGUUCCCAAGUUGCGUUCUCCAAUGUUUGAACCAUAUCGUGAUAUAAUUAGUGAGUGCUUAGAGCAAACAACGUUUUGUUUGUUCGGAUACCCUCCUAAGAAAGGAAGAACCCGACAUCUUCAAGAUCAUGAGUCUACUAUGGAAAUUUUAUCAUGGGAAAGAGCAGUUCAGCUGUUUGAUAUAUAUCGUCCUGAUGUUUUGCCGGAAUUCAAUUCAUACAAAAUCGAUUCAAUUUCUGCUGAUAUGGAGGCCCUUCUUCAGCAAAUUCUGUUGAUUAUGCCGGAAGAUUGUGAUGUUUCACUGUACAUUGAGCCAAUAAUGGACUUUAUCAACGGGAAAGGGAAUAAUAUUCCUAAAAUUACUCGAAAGGAUGUAUUGUGCUUUAAAAUCAGACCAAUAUAUUAUUUCUUAGCGGACUUCUACUUCAAGAGCAGAGAUUUCAGUAAAGCCAUAAAGUAUUAUGUUUUGGAUUUAACUGUUGAACCAGCACGGUUUGAUUCAUGGGCUGGAAUUUCAUUAUCAAAAGCCAGUAAAUGUGAAACCACGUUAAAUUCUGCAGAGGCACUCAGUUAUUCGUUAUUCCUUCAUGAAACAAAUAAUACAAUGCGAUGUUUUGAACAGUCCUUAAUAUUAAACGAACAUGAUCCACAACUCUGGGUUGAAUAUGGAUCAUUUGCGUAUAAUGUUAGUUCAUAUUGUGCUCGAACUAUAAAAUCGUCAGUUAAAUCUAGUUACAGCUAUCUAACGUCCCAACAAGUGUAUUAUAUGAACAUUGCACACAAGAGUUUCGAAAGAGUGAACGCGGAAACUAAUGUUGAUCAGAAGGAGGAACAUCACUAUAGGGGCAAUAAUGAAGACGAAAAAUGGUUGUACCAUUACAUGCUUGGAAAAAUUGCCGAAAAAAGAAAAGAUCAACCAAUGGUUUAUCUAGCACAUUAUCUUAAAGCAGCGAAGUGUUUAUAUGAAUGUAAUGCUACGUAUCCAAUCAAGGUAAAUCAUAGUAAUCCAUCUCAGCUAUCUAUAGAAGCAUUGGAGCUUUUUUAUCGAGCUAAUGCAGCUAUUAUCAAAUACACCGAAAAACAUUCGUCUAUUGGUAAACACGAAGCAGGAUUAUUCAAAAAAAUAUUAAAAGAGUUGGCAGUAAGUCCUUUUGCAGUAAAUAGGGCUAAAAUUAGUGACGUUACAUUUAAAAGGAAACUAGUAGGAUCCAGCGACAAAAUUCAGAAUGUUAUUCCUAAUACUUCAACGAAGAUUGGAAGUAGUGAAGAAUUUUCCAGAUCAGAUGAAAAAUGCUACUUCACAAGUGACGAUGACAAACUUCAAACUAUACAUAACAUCACUGAAAAUCGAAUAAUCGAAUCUUAUAGCGAUAAAAAACAAGAGUGUGUAUCUAGAAGGAUAUCGCAGGAAAGCAUCCCUGCAACGAACACUACGACUACAACCACGAGUAACGCUACGAGUUCUUCAGGAACGGAUUCUCCAAGCACUGAUUCUGAUAGCGAUAGUUCAACAGAUGAUGAGAUUUCAAAUUCUUCUGCUGAUCGGGAUACAAUUUUCAAAGAUUGUGUUAAAAAUAUGGAGGAAUGUGUUACCAGAUUUCCAGAACAUUAUAAAUCUAUAUAUCGGCUAGCGUACCAUUACAUGAAUGCUCCAGGUGCAACUAAAUCUCUCGAAAAAUGUAGUCAGCUGCUAUUGGGAUCUUACAAGACUACUCUAGGAAAUCAAAUACCCGGAUUAUUUACCGAAAGAAGAAGCAACAAUUUCUUUAAUGGCAUAUGGAGAAUUCCUUCUUCGGAUAUUGAUAGGCCUGGUAGUUUUUCGUCGCAUUUAUCCAAAUGCGUCACAAUUCUCAUAGAGACAUUAAAACAAAAAAUGGACCACGAAACGCUCCUUGAACUAGCGAUUCAACUCUAUCGGAGACCAGAUACCGACAAAGAAUACUUAAAUGACUGCGAUCGAAACGAAUUAUCGCAACAAGCGGUAUUAACUUGCAUUCAUGUUUAUCAAACCAUCCUAAAGCAGUUGGAAGAAGACAAGAAAGAUGCAGAAAUCUUGGCUCUUCUUGUAGAUAUUUUCAAAGCACAUAGGAAAUGUGUCAAAAACAUGCUGCACAAGGAAUUGCUUUUCACCGAGGUUAUGAAACAGGCGUAUAAGAUAUACAUACAACACAAAGCCAAGCUUCCAGAAUCUGCAAAUAUUAUUGACCUAGCUAUAAAAUUAUGUACGUACGAGAUUAAUUACCGUAAAUCUAUUGAAAAAAUGUCAGGAAAACAAACAGACAAGACAAGCAAAAUUAUAAACACGAGUACGGAUAUGCCAUCAACAAUGAUAACUCCGAUGCAGCCAAUCUCCGCGGUAAGUGAAUACUAAAUUCUCGGCGAGCUUUGCCAAAAUCCCACGUUCACACGCAUUUCAUUGGUACAUAGUAAUUAAUAAACGGAUUCUUCAAACGAUGUUUUUAAAAAGAAGGUACAAUUGAGACUGAGCUUUAUUAAUCGAUCCAAAUUAAUUGAAACCUACCAAGUGGCCCUAAAAGUCCUAACGUUGCAUUUCUCUACCCAGGUAGCGAGGGUCAUAGUCCGUGUCGUUGUCCUAUGUCGUUGUUGUUGCCAAGUGCUGCGUCUGCAAGUCCGAGGUUCGCUCGAGGCUGGUGGUUGUCGUUGUCAAGUGCUGCGUCUGCAAGUCCGAGGUUCACUCGAGGCUAGUUGCUGUUGUUGUCAGGUGUCCACGAUGGUUCGAUGGUGCCGAUGUUGAAUAUGCUUAAGCCGGCAAUUUGUUUAUGAUGCUGAUGUUUGUGUUGUUGGAAAAUGUAGGCUACCGCUGUUAACUGCUUCCCCCUCAAGAUUGGAUCGUCCCGAUACAAUUUCGUUAAGACCUGUAGUUUCUGAGUUGACGAUGGUCGGUCUCUGUGUGUUGAUACUUGAGUUGGUUUCGUUGGGUAAUGCUUUCUUCUUGCACCAGGUGUAGACUGCAAUGCAAAAACCUAUAAUGAUACAAGAAGAUGAUAGCCCCAAACUUGUUGAUGUUUGGAUAUAGUUUCUAUUCCGGUCGAUCUGUAGUUGUUCCCGGUUCUGGAUAUGCAUUUCUCUAAUUUCGUGUAGGCUUAUAGUUGACUCGAAGCCAUUUUGAUCAAUUUUUACGCCAUCCAAAGGUAUAAUGGUUUGUAGAGUUUUCGUGGAAAUGUGAUGAUGUUGAAGCUUUUACCAUCCAGCGAAAUUGUGCAGUUCGAGAAGAAAAUUACGAAUGUUCCCGAAAGAUUUCUACUGCUGUGCAAGCAGUCAGCUGUUAGUGUGACUGAUGCGUUCUUUACGACGACGUGGUUGUCUGUCAGUCGAUUUAUGUUGGUUAUGUUGAGGUAAUUAGUGAAGAUGCAUUUUCCAGGGAUUCCUCUUAAAAUUCUUGAGAAACAUUGGUCUUCUGAAGCAUCUUGUAGUUUGUUUUCAUCGCAAAGGGUGUUUCCUCCGAUGUACUGGCAGCUGUCUUUGAGAAAGUAUGUGAAGUUCUCGUUAAUCGCUGCUUGGUGCCAUGGUAGCCUGAUGAUUUUACCAUCAACUGGAAGCGGUUCCAGGAGUAAACUGUUAAAUGAAUGAGGUGAAAUCUGUGGAACACCUAUGAUGAAGUAGAGUGUGCGUCCCUUGAAGAAAGCUCGGAUGUCCAAAUAAU